AUGGAGGUUCAUUUCACGACUGAACAUGUCGAUCGUUGCAUUCUUGAUGUAUUUGCUGUUUUUCAGUCAGCUGAAAAUGUGCAAAACCCUGCGCAUCUUGUUCUCUGGGCUGCAAUGCACGCACGACAUCAACACAAACCCCUGUUGGCCGUUUAUCGUGCCCGACGUUGCAUGCGAAAUCGGAUACUUUUAUCACAUCCAUCUCGAUAUAGUGGUUGGUUAUGCAUCGCCGUAGUACAACGGUCUGUGUUCUUGAAGGUUUAUCAAUUGUACGACAUUGACAACGCCAUUGGAGACGGGAACUUUCAAGGGUUGGACAUGCACAUCGCCGGAAAGAAAGGGAUUCCAUAUAGCCAUCCAACACAACGCGGAGGGAAAAUAAAUGUUGUACAGUACGAUGUUGUGGAAAUGGGUUCUCCCAAGCCGGCUCAAUAUGCCUGUGCAGGUGCAGAAACUAAAUCUCCAAUUACCCCUCCAGUUGCAGGUAUCGGAUACCUCCUACCGGUACCCUACUAG